UCCUCGGGCACACUGGUCUGUUCCGCGUUCCGCGAUUUUUUGUCAAAAUAGUUGUUUAUAUCUGUUUUUCGUUUGUUGUUUAAUCGUCGACUAUCGCGCUCGGUGUUUUGUCAAGAGAGUUGUAUGAAAUACGCUUGUUCAGCGCCAAAUGUUUGCUGUUACUGCACAUGCUACCACUUAGUCGGCGUUUUCCACUUGUUUUUACGCACACUACGCGCCCGUUCAUGUGCGCGCGGGUGCAUGAGUGUGUGUGUGUGAGUGUUGUGUGCUAAAAAAAUCGAUUCAAUUCCGAUGUCAUUAAACCAUAAACUGUUGUGCAAGCAAGAGAGAAGCGCAUAAGAAGCCCCAUUAUGGAGAUGUUUCAAAACCGAAAGAUAGCCAGCGAGUGAGUGAGAGUGAGAAAGUCGAGAGGUUGUCGAUCGUCAGCCAGAGAGUAAGUCUGACAGAGACUGAGACAGCGACAGACAGAGAAGCUGUGUAAAUAAUCGAAAUUAUAAAACUAUCGUUGUUGUUAUCGACUGUCGCCUAACCUCCUCCCCACGAACCCUUCGAUAUACACAAAACCCAGAUCAUAGAUAUAAUGGGUCUGCAGAUGGCAGCAUCCAAUUUUGUUGCAGCAUCCAGCCUUCUAGCGUUGUUGUUGCUCCACUGGUCGCCCGCAAUCGUCGAUGCAGUCCAUGCAAAUUUUUCGGAUUUUCCAUAUAUACAAUAUCUCACACAUCCGCCGGAGAUCAUCAGGAAGCCACAGAAUCAGGGCGUACGAGUGGGCGGCGUUGCCAGUUUCUAUUGUGCGGCACGCGGUGAUCCGCCGCCUUCGAUAGUUUGGCGCAAGAAUGGCAAAAAAGUUUCGGGAACACAAUCUCGUUAUACGGUGCUAGAGCAGCCCGGCGGGAUUUCCAUAUUACGUAUUGAGCCAGUGCGAGCGGGCCGUGAUGAUGCCCCCUACGAGUGUGUGGCAGAGAACGGUGUGGGCGAUGCCGUUUCCGCAGAUGCAACUUUAACCAUCUAUGAAGGCGAUAAAACACCCGCAGGCUUUCCGGUUAUAACCCAAGGACCGGGCACACGCGUCAUUGAAGUGGGUCACACGGUGCUCAUGACAUGCAAAGCCAUCGGCAAUCCAACGCCAAACAUUUACUGGAUUAAGAAUCAGACAAAAGUUGAUAUGAGCAAUCCACGGUAUUCCAUUAAAGAUGGUUUCUUGCAAAUCGAAAACAGUCGCGAAGAGGACCAAGGCAAAUACGAAUGUGUGGCCGAGAAUUCUGUGGGUACCGAGCACUCAAAAGCCACCAAUCUGUAUGUGAAAGUACGUCGUGUGCCGCCCACCUUCUCGCGUCCACCAGAGGCCAUCAGUGAGGUGAUGCUUGGAGCAAAUCUGAAUCUAUCCUGCAUUGCUGUCGGGUCCCCAAUGCCGCAUGUCAAGUGGAUGAAGGGUGCGCUGGAUCUAACGCCCGAGAAUGAGAUGCCAAUCGGUCGUAAUGUGCUGCAGUUGAUCAACAUUCAAGAGAGCGCCAAUUACACUUGCAUUGCGGCCUCCACUUUGGGGAACAUCGACUCUGUGUCGGUGGUUAAAGUGCAAUCCCUUCCCACGGCCCCCACCGAUGUGCAAAUCUCUGAGGUGACCGCCACUUCGGUGCGUCUGGAGUGGUCAUACAAGGGUCCCGAGGAUCUGCAAUACUAUGUCAUCCAAUACAAGCCGAAGAACGCGAAUCAGGCUUUCAGUGAGAUCAGUGGCAUCAUCACCAUGUAUUAUGUGGUGCGUGCUUUGAGUCCUUAUACGGAGUACGAGUUCUAUGUGAUAGCUGUGAAUAAUAUUGGACGGGGUCCGCCCUCGGCCCCAGCGACCUGUACCACCGGCGAUUUCUCAUUUGGUGGCACAAAAAUGGAAAGUGCACCACGUAAUGUUCAAGUGAGGACGCUGAGCUCGUCCACAAUGGUUAUAACCUGGGAACCCCCGGAGACGCCCAAUGGACAAGUGACCGGCUAUAAGGUAUACUACACAACGAAUUCGAACCAGCCGGAAGCCUCUUGGAACUCACAAAUGGUCGACAAUAGCGAGCUGACAACAGUAUCGGAGCUGACACCCCAUGCCAUCUAUACGGUUCGUGUGCAGGCCUAUACCUCAAUGGGUGCCGGUCCCAUGUCCACACCAGUACAGGUGAAGGCCCAGCAAGGUGUGCCAUCGCAACCGAGCAAUUUCCGGGCCACCGAUAUCGGCGAGACCGCAGUCACACUGCAAUGGUCAAAGCCUACGCAUUCCAGCGAGAAUAUUGUACACUACGAGCUCUACUGGAAUGACACAUAUGCCAAUCAGGCACAUCACAAGCGCAUUUCGAACUCUGAAUCGUAUACGCUGGAUGGUCUGUAUCCUGACACCCUGUACUACAUCUGGCUGGCUGCACGAUCACAACGGGGCGAGGGGGCCACCACACCGCCCAUACCAGUGCGCACCAAGCAAUAUGUACCAGGUGCACCGCCCCGUAAUAUCACCGCCCUAGCCAGCAGCUCGACGACGAUCGCCCUUAGCUGGCUGCCGCCUCCCGUUGAGCGAUCAAAUGGUCGGAUCAUAUACUAUAAGGUGUUCUUCGUGGAGGUGGGCCGCGAAGAUGACGAGGCCACCACAUUGACCCUCAAUAUGACCAGCAUCGUACUCGACGAACUGAAACGCUGGACCGAGUACAAGAUCUGGGUGCUGGCCGGCACCUCCGUCGGCGAUGGCCCACGCUCCCAUCCGAUCAUAUUGCGAACACAAGAGGAUGUGCCUGGAGAUCCUCAAGAUGUAAAGGCCACACCCUUGAACUCCACAUCGGUGCAUGUGAGCUGGAAGCCGCCACUCGAAAAGGAUCGCAAUGGCAUCAUCCGCGGCUAUCACAUACAUGCACAGGAACUAAGAGAUGAGGGCAAAGGCUUCCUCAAUGAACCCUUCAAGUUUGAUGUCGUUGAUACGCUGGAGUUCAAUGUCACUGGCCUUCAGCCGGACACCAAGUACUCCAUCCAAGUGGCUGCACUCACGCGCAAAGGCGAUGGCGAUCGCAGUGCGGCAAUUGUGGUAAAGACACCAGGCGGAGUGCCCGUGCGUCCCACAGUGAGUCUGAAGAUCAUGGAACGGGAUCCCAUUGUGUCCAUUGAGCUGGAGUGGGAGCGACCGGCGCAAACGUACGGAGAGCUGCGUGGCUAUCGACUGCGCUGGGGCGUCAAGGAUCAGGCGCUGAAGGAGGAGAUGCUUUCGGGGCCGCAGAUGACAAAGAAGCGCUUCAACGAUCUGGAACGGGGUGUGGAGUACGAGUUCCGGGUGGCGGGCAGCAAUCACAUUGGCAUUGGCCAGGAGACGGUGAAGAUAUUCCAGACGCCCGAAGGCACACCAGGCGGACCGCCCUCGAACAUCACGAUACGCUUUCAGACGCCCGAUGUGGUGUGCGUUACGUGGGAUCCGCCCACGCGUGAGCAUCGCAAUGGCCUGAUCACCCGCUACGAUGUGCAGUUCCACAAGAAGAUCGACCAUGGCCUGGGCUCCGAGCGGAACAUGACGCUCCGCAAGGCGGUGUACACCAACCUGGAGGAGAACACGGAGUACAUCUUCCGUGUGCGGGCGUAUACCAAGCAGGGAGCGGGUCCCUUCAGCGACAAACUGAUUGUGGAGACGGAACGAGACAUGGGCAGAGCGCCCAUGUCCGUGCAGGCGGAGGCUACGUCGGAACAAACUGCGGAGAUCUGGUGGGAGCCAGUGCCGAGUCGCGGCAAGCUUCUGGGCUACAAGAUCUUCUACACGAUGACUGCUGUUGAGGAUCUGGAUGAUUGGCAAACGAAAACGGUGGGCUUGACAGAGUCCGCGGAUCUGGUGAAUCUCGAAAAGUUCGCCCAGUAUGCGGUGGCCAUUGCGGCGAGAUUCAAGAACGGGCUGGGACGCCUCAGCGAGAAGGUGACGGUGCGCAUCAAGCCCGAGGAUGUGCCACUGAAUCUGCGCGCCCACGAUGUCAGCACCCAUUCGAUGACGCUCAGCUGGUCGCCGCCCAUACGCCUCACGCCCGUCAACUACAAGAUCAGCUUCGAUGCCAUGAAGGUGUUUGUGGACUCGCAGGGUUUUUCCCAGACGCAAGUCGUCCAGAAGCGUGAGAUCAUCCUCAAGCACUACGUGAAGACGCACACCAUCAACGAGCUGAGUCCGUUUACCACCUACAACGUGAACGUGAGCGCCAUUCCGUCGGACUACUCGUAUCGGCCGCCCACCAAGAUCACCGUCACCACACAGAUGGCCGCUCCGCAACCCAUGGUCAAGCCGGACUUUUACGGCGUGGUCAAUGGCGAGGAGAUACUCGUGAUACUCCCGCAAGCCUCGGAAGAGUACGGCCCCAUCUCGCACUACUAUCUUGUGGUGGUGCCGGAGGACAAGUCCAAUCUGCACAAGAUACCCGAUCAGUUCCUCACCGACGAUCUGCUGCCGGGUCGCAACAAGCCGGAGCGUCCCAAUGCCCCGUAUAUUGCGGCGAAGUUCCCGCAGCGAUCGAUACCCUUCACGUUCCAUCUGGGAUCGGGGGAUGACUACCACAACUUUACGAAUCGCAAGCUGGAGCGGGAGAAGCGCUAUCGGAUUUUUGUACGGGCCGUGGUGGACACGCCGCAGAAGCAUCUGUACACGUCCAGUCCCUUCUCUGAGUUCCUGUCCCUGGACAUGCGUGAGGCGCCGCCCGGCGAGCGACCCCAUCGUCCCGAUCCGAAUUGGCCCUCGGAGCCGGAGGUGUCGGUGAAUCGCAACAAGGAUGAGCCCGAAAUCCUGUGGGUGGUGCUCCCUCUGAUGGUCUCCACCUUCCUGGUUUCCACUGCCCUGAUUGUCCUCUGCGUGGUGAAGCGACGCCGCCAACCGUGCAAGACACCCGAUCAGGCGGCCGUGACACGUCCUCUGAUGGCCGCCGACCUGGGCGCCGGACCCACGCCCAGCGAUCCCGUGGACAUGCGCCGAUUGAACUUCCAGACGCCCGGCAUGAUCUCGCAUCCGCCCAUUCCGAUCUCGGAGUUUGCCAACCACAUUGAGCGCCUCAAGUCCAACGACAAUCAGAAGUUCUCGCAGGAGUACGAGAGCAUCGAGCCCGGCCAGCAGUUCACGUGGGACAACUCGAAUCUGGAGCACAACAAGUCGAAGAAUCGGUAUGCCAAUGUCACCGCCUACGACCACUCCCGCGUGCAACUGCCGCCCACGGAGGGCACACCCGGCUCGGACUACAUUAAUGCCAACUACUGCGACGGCUAUCGGAAGCACAACGCGUACGUGGCCACCCAGGGACCGCUGCAGGAGACUUUCAUUGACUUUUGGCGCAUGUGCUGGGAGCUGAAGACGGCGACCAUUGUGAUGAUGACUCGACUGGAGGAGCGCACUCGUAUCAAGUGCGACCAGUACUGGCCGACGCGCGGCACCGAGACCUACGGACAGAUCUUUGUGACCAUCACGGAGACGCAGGAGCUGGCCACCUACAGCAUCCGAACGUUCCAGCUGUGCCGCCAGGGAUUCAAUGAUCGACGGGAGAUCAAGCAGCUACAGUUCACGGCCUGGCCCGAUCACGGGGUACCCGAUCAUCCGGCUCCCUUCCUGCAGUUCCUGCGACGCUGUCGCGCCUUGACGCCACCGGAAUCCGGGCCCGUGAUCGUCCACUGUUCGGCUGGAGUGGGACGCACUGGCUGCUACAUUGUAAUCGACUCGAUGCUGGAGCGUAUGAAGCACGAGAAGAUCAUCGAUAUCUAUGGGCAUGUGACAUGUCUGCGGGCCCAACGAAACUACAUGGUACAGACGGAGGACCAGUACAUCUUCAUUCACGAUGCCAUUAUUGAAGCCAUCAUCUGUGGCCUGACGGAGGUGCCAGCCCGCAAUCUGCACACCCAUCUGCAGAAGCUGCUGAUCACGGAGCCGGGCGAGAGCAUCUCUGGUAUGGAGGUGGAGUUCAAGAAGCUAUCCAAUGUCAAGAUGGAUUCAUCCAAAUUCGUUACCGCCAACUUGCCCAGCAACAAGCACAAGAAUCGUUUGGUCCACAUCCUGCCGUACGAAUCGAGUCGCGUCUACUUGACUCCCAUCCAUGGCAUCGAGGGCAGUGACUAUGUGAAUGCCAGCUUCAUCGAUGGCUAUCGCUAUCGUUCCGCGUAUAUUGCGGCCCAGGGACCAGUCCAGGACACGGCCGAAGACUUCUGGCGCAUGCUCUGGGAGCACAACUCGACGAUUGUUGUUAUGCUGACGAAGCUCAAGGAAAUGGGAAGGGAGAAAUGCUUCCAAUAUUGGCCACACGAGCGUUCAGUGAGAUAUCAGUAUUAUGUUGUUGAUCCCAUUGCCGAGUACAAUAUGCCGCAGUACAAGCUGCGUGAAUUCAAGGUUACGGAUGCUCGGGAUGGUUCCUCGCGCACUGUGCGACAGUUCCAGUUCAUCGAUUGGCCAGAGCAGGGUGUGCCCAAGUCGGGGGAUGGCUUCAUCGAUUUCAUUGGCCAGGUGCACAAGACCAAGGAGCAGUUUGGCCAGGAUGGACCCAUAACCGUGCACUGUUCGGCGGGUGUGGGUCGCACGGGUGUCUUCAUAACGCUCAGCAUUGUGCUGGAGCGUAUGCAGUACGAGGGUGUGCUGGAUGUCUUCCAGACAGUGCGCAUUCUACGCUCCCAGCGACCGGCUAUGGUGCAAACAGAGGAUCAAUAUCAUUUCUGCUAUCGCGCUGCUUUGGAAUAUUUGGGAUCAUUCGACAACUAUGCAAAUGGAUAAGAUUGGCGGGGGCAGAUCGAGUUGGGAUAGGUGGUAUAGGAGCAGGAUGAGGUGGAGGAGCAAAUACCUUGUCAACCUUAUGUUCGUCGUUCGUUGCAUAUUUAUUUCGAACUCUACGCAUAAUACGCAUUUACGACAUAACUCUAAAGUAUUAUAGCCAGCUACUGCCCCCACACACAUACUUACACUUGUAUGCUUAAACUUGCAUUCUCUGCAUUCUCUAAUAUCUGUACGUGGAUAUGUUAAGAGCACCAUCCAAUCCCAGCACGCCCCCCAAAUCCAUGCCAUCCAUGCCAGGAUAUGUUUGCAAUUACGAUUCGUUUAUAUCGUGGUAUCCUCGGUAUCCGUGUCGGUCUUUAGAUGAGUUUGAUUUCAUUGGAAAAUGUGAACUAAAAAAGACUGUUACACGUUUAAUUAUCAGUAAUUUAUAUAUCAACACGUAUCUAUACACCCCACAACAAACACACACAUAUUGUGCAUCAAGUUUUUGCUCGAACUAAUCAAAGUAGUCAAUCAACUUGUUGUCUGUGGCUCCGUCGUUUGUAGAGUGUGGAGUGGAGUUAGUUGAUUGAGGCGGACGGGCCACAUGGAAAUCGAUACAUAUUUGAACAAAGGACUUGGUAGCUAUUAAUCUUACCGCCUAAAACGAAUCGAAUUGAAUCUCGAAAGCAAAAAUAAGAGUCGAAAAAGUAGUCAAAGUCAUUUUGAACGUAGACGCGCUUGGAACACCAAACCCGAAUAGACAUGUAUUUUGUGUAUGUGUGUGUACUGUACAACAAUCAAUCAAAUGCGAGUAGGAGACGAGUACUUCCUACUUAUAUGUAUGUAUGUAUAUGUUAAUCUGUUUUUAUACCUAGGUUCUGUAGAUUCUGUAUGCGUGUUGCAGAUGAGACUCUAAACCAAUACAAACCCGUGCAAUUAGUCAAAGUCUUGCAUAGUGCAUAUUUUAUAAGACAGCUAGUGUUUUGUUAAACUUAAGUUUGAGAUCUCCCCCGAAGGCAGAAGAUCGAUGACGGAUCGCUAUUUUAUAGUUUUAUAAACGGUCGCUAGAACAGAAAUAUUAUAACUUCCAGCUGAGCAGCUAAUCGGAACUUCAACCUCAUUCCCACAAACUUCAACUUAUACUUAGUUACAACCCCCCCACCCCAAAUACAUUCCUGUAUAUACCACACAGUCGAUACGCCCCCAAGCUAGCCAUCUAUGUGUAAUCUAGAUCCUAAAGCUAAACAAUUAUGGUACCUAAAGUGUAUGAUGAAACGGCAUAGAUGAUAAUAAUUAUAA